ACGAAUGCUCUUUAUUGGCGAGCGCGGGCUGCUAGUUGCGGCAACAAAUACUUUAUAAUCAUUCUGCACAUCUUCCACAAGUGUUAAAUGUUAAGCGUACCUAGCAGCACCAACGGACAGACGUCAAUGUUUUCUUACCUUCGUUAUAACAACGGUGAAAGCGUGUGGGAAGUAUGACUGUUUCUCGUGGUCGAAAACUGACUGACACGUUUCUGACAGCUAUGCCAAGGAAACUAAAAAGACCGAGUGAGCCUGGCACGAGAUGACAAUGAUACGUACAGUGUUGGUAAUACUUCCCGUACAAUAGGGACCUGAUGAAAAGGGAUCUUUUACCUGUCUGUGUACCCAAGUAACUCACAUUUGCUUGACACAACGGACUUAUAAUUGCGUAGCUUACGUGUUUUUAGUGUUCUUUUUUGCAGUGUUGCAAUGCUGAUUUAAACAAAUAAAUGUUGAUUACUGUGACUUGAAUGGGUUGUGCAUCAACGUAGUAUUUCGUGUACUAUGCAGCGCCAACAAAUGAUCGAGGAAAUAGAAGAAGAAGGUCCCAGCCGGUGUAGUACUAUUCUGUACUACACCUGGAAAGUCUGCACAUGUUUGUUUUCACAUGUGCUCCUCGUGUCUAUGGUUGUUACCUACUGUAUUCUCGGUGCCUUUACGUUCCGUCAUCUUGAAGCCGACAACGAACUGGAGGUGAAGCGCAACAUCAGCCGCAUCCGCAGCAACGUGACGGCGGACCUGUGGCGGCUGACGGACGGCCCGCCGGUGCUGCACCAGGAGAACUGGACCCGGGCGGUGGUGAAGCGGCUGCAGGUGUUCGAGCACGAGCUGGUGCGCUGCGUGAAGCGGGACGGCUGGGACGGCACCGAGGACGAGAAGGCCGUCCAGUGGACGCUCAUCGGCGCCCUCUUCUACUCCAUCAUCGUCAUCACCACCAUCGGCUAUGGGCACAUCGCGCCCAAGACGCACUGGGGGAAGGUGGUGACCAUCUUCUACGCGAUCCUGGGCAUCCCGCUGAUGCUGCUGUGCCUAUCCAACAUCGGCGACAUCAUGGCGCACUCGUUCCGCUUCCUGUACUGGCGCGUCUGCUGCUACGCGUGCACGCGCCGGCCGCGCGCCGCCCGCCUGCCGCCCCCACUGUUCCGGCGCGCCAGGAGCAUGAGGACCACCACGCGAUCCCUUCAGUCCCGGUUCUCAGGGCGCUCCCGCACCGCGUCCUUCCGGCGGUCGGCCCGCGCCUCCCAGAGGUCAGCGGACAGCGCCCUAGGGCUCUCCAGGUCCUCCUACUCUGACACCGACUGCAGAUACUACGACGAGACGGAGCGUGAUGCGCCCCUGACACCGCUGCGGCCAGCCUCGCAACCCAACCACAACCCCGUCCAGCGGCUUCCAGACCCUCCCGUCGUGGCUGGUGCGACGGACCUUCCGGGUGGCGUGGGCGCGGCGGACGCGGCAGCUGCGUCCCGGACGCCGGUGCUGUUCAACAAGUACGCGCUGGACCGCGAGGAGAGCACCCGCCGCGAGCGGCCGGCGCUGCGCCCGCCGCCGCCCACGCCCUCCUCGGCGCCGCCCACCGGCCCCACGGCCGCCACCGCCGCCUCCAGCCGCCUGCUCGACAUCCCGACGCCGCCGCCCAUGCCGCCCUCUCCCGUCGGUUCCACCGCCACCAGGGAGUCGUCCGGCCGCAGCCGCGGGAUGUCUUCGAUGCGGUCGGGACACGUUAGCCCCUCACGGCCGCGCGUCAUGACGCCCAUGGGCUUCGCCAUCAGCCGCCAGGGGUCUCGCAUGUCGCGCCUGCGGGAGCCGGAAGUCUUCGACGACGAGCUGUACGAAUACGAGCUGUACACCGGCGGAGACUCUCUGUACGGCAGCCAGCAGCACCCAGGUACGCGCCCUGUGCCCAUCUGGCUGUGCAUGUUCCUGGUGGUGACGUACAUCUUCUGCGGCGCCUACCUCUUCCACCAGUGGGAAGGCUGGCAGUUCCUCGACUCGGCCUACUUCUGCUUCAUCACGCUCACCACCAUUGGCUUCGGGGACUUCGUGCCCGCUCGGCGCAUGCGCCAGGACGAGAACGCCGAGAUUGGGAUCGCACUGUGCUCCCUGUACCUGCUGUUCGGCAUCGCACUUCUCGCCAUGAGCUUCAACCUCGUCCAGGAGGAGGUCAUCGGCAACGUCAAGGCCGUUGCUCGUCGCCUCGGCAUCAUCAAAGAUGAUGAUGAGGAUGACGACUGAGUUGACUUAUUGUCACACA